AUGUGUGCCAGAUCCAAUGAGCAUGCAUGUACAUCCAGGUGCCAAAACAAGCGAAGUUUUUUUGGCACUGCAGCAAAUAAGGCCGGCUAUCAAGACUUUUUCCGGCCAUUAUCAUUUGCUCGAGUCUAUGCCAAUGACAACAGCCUGCCAUCACCCGAGGGCGAAGAGUCUUUGUCAGCGAAAGAACUCCACCGCUGGAAGCAUUCUGCGCAGCAGCUCACCACUUGGACACGUGAAGGUGGAAGAGUCCGGGAGCUAGAAAUGAUUUUCGAUGACGCUUCUUACAAGAUCAUGGUAUGCUGGAAUUCUGGUGGACGUUAUUGGUAUUUGGAGACAGAUGUGACAAGCUCCACUGCAUGUGUGCCAUCUGAAUGCUCCGCGGACGACGUAGAAACACACAUUGCGCGCAUGUUCUUUGCGAAGUUAGCCGCUCCAGGGGUUCAUCUGCAAAUUGUCACAACCCGCGAGGUAUUUCAUUGGGGCCAGUUGGAGCUGGAUUUUGCAAUUAUUGGAAUGGAUGGGUGUGGUAGCACCUCAGUUCACAGGAUUUUGUCACAGCACACUGAAAUCCAAUUUACAAAUCUCUCGGUAUUCAAUGUUGAUGAGGAUUUCUUCAUGGUGGAACUGGGCAGGCAAACCUUGCCUUUUCGUUCGCAGGUAGAGCGAUUGAACCGCUUCCGCAUGGAAGUUCGCCAGAAAUCUGGCGACUCGAAAGUGGUUGGAUUGUAUCAACCCUUCAUGUGGAACAUUGAGUUGCUGAGGCUUGCAAUGAAGCAGAUGCCCAACAUGAGGGUUGUCUGCACAGUUUGUGAUCCCGUUGAUCGCUUCGAACGCCGUAUGUACGGUCAAAGCAAGCCCUCAGACCAUGAGCUUGCAGAAGCCGUGCGAAAGCAGCUGGAAGAUGAUGCUUCCGUGACUUUGGCAGGAAAGUGGCAAGCGUGGCAAGAAUCCUUGGGUCAUCGUCUCCUUUUUGUCGAGCAGCUAAAGCUGAGCACUCAUGAGGCCUGGCGGACCCUCACAGACUUCCUUCAGAUUCGCCCUUUCCCAAGCUCCUUGCGUUUCCCGCGCUACAAUGCGCGGGGUGUUCGCACUACCUUGUGCCAGCAUGGGAAGCUUCUGGACGACCUGAAGGAGCGCUUCAAGGCGGAGUACAAUUUCCUGGAGGAAGUCCUUGGAUCUGAAGGUUUCCGCCGGCGCCAGACACACUGCGAUAGGUUGGACUCAGCAGGCACAGCAUGCAUAAAGGACAAGUGUCCGUUCUGA